GGCAAGGCAAACGGGUCUUAUCGGUACCUGUUUCACUAGCCUUGAUUGCCUUCGGUUAAGGCGUUCAUCCAUACAGCCGAUUCCCCCACGAUGUCGACUGAGAACGACCCGAACUGUUGGUCACCUGCUUGGUCGUCGCGAGGAUGUUGCUCACAUCUUUACUUUCUACGUCAUGCGAUCAAGACUAAACUUUCCAGUUCCCUGUUUUCUAUAUCAACACGUGAAGAAUACCGCGUCGGAUCUGGAUCGCGAUGAAAACACCAAAACAAUGGUGGCCGACCUCGCGUAAUGGUGUUGCAACGAUGCUGACUAGGGCUGAUGAGAAAGAGGGGCUCGUUUCCCCGCCUACUGAGACAGAUGGCCCCCCGGGGGCGCUCCGGUGCGAGCGUGAUCGCUCAUCAAUCAUGUUCGGUUCCGCUCUCGAAAGACGCGUCUUGGAUAUUUCCAACGUCAUCAUUCAAGCUACCUACCACCUUGGGUUCGGUAUCACACAGGACCAUAUCACUGCUUGUCACACGCUAUGGUCUGCGAACACAUUACGCUCAAGUCAAUGUGGCAGAAACAUCUCGGUCGAAGCCGUGCACGGCCGUGUUGGUUCACACGCUGGAGGACGUGUCGCCAAGUCCAAAUGUCAACAAUCCUCAACACGCUACAGUCGCCAAAGCACCAAAAGCACGGCUCAACCGUUUCUGAAGUCUGUGUGCGCCGCGACGUCCAUCAAACCCAUGUUUUUCAGCCAGUAUGCCCGGCAGCAGCGCACUGAUUACAACCUCGUUUUCUGCUGCAUCCGGAGUAUGAAAGCUCCUCCUUUGACACUCGAUAGCGUCACUCCCGAAGCAGGCAAGACCCUGCAUAUUGAUGGCUCUCCGCUUUCCAACUUGUUCAACAAAAGUGCCGCCGAGUACGAUUACUAG